GCCAGGACGCGGGGGCGGUGGCACCCUGGACACGUGACCGGGCUGGGUGUCACCCCCCCCCGCGGUGUCCGUCCGUCUGUCCCCCCCCCGCGGUGCCCUUUGCGGUGGCAGAGGACGAUCCAGGCCGGGCUGAGCAUGAGGGUCCUGCGGGCCGCCCCCCUGGGGCUGCUGCGGUCGCUGGGUCCCGCCGCCCCCCCCCGGCGCCUCCACAACCGCGUCCCUGAGCACCAGAAGCUCUUCCAGGAGGACAACGGGCUCCCGGUGCAUCUCAAGGGGGGGGCCAUGGACUCGGCCCUUUACCGCCUCACCACCCUCAUCUGCUCCGUGGGCACCUGCUACUCGCUGUGGGCGCUGGCCCAGGCCUCCAUGCCCAAGAAGAACUGAGGGGGGGGGCCGGACGCCCCCCCCCCCGUCCCCCCCCCCCCCCAGCCCCUGCCAAUAAAAG